AUGAUGCUCCCGACUGUGGCAAGCUGGUUCUCGUUGCUCCUGGCGCCAUCCUUGGUGCUGGGGGAUACACUCACUUACAAGGGAGCUGACAUUUCGUCCCUCUUGAUGCUUGAGGCUCAAGGCAAAACCUACAAGACCACCGGAGGUGUCACUACGCCACUCGAGAAGAUCCUAGCAUCGUCGGGCGUCAACUCGAUCCGUCAGAGGUUCUGGGUCAACCCAAGUGAUGGAAACUACAACCUGGAUUACAACUUGAAGCUCUCCAAGCGAGCCAAGGCCGCCGGCCAGAGCCUGUACCUCGAUCUUCACCUCAGCGAUACCUGGGCCGACCCUUCGCACCAGGCUGCUCCCGCCGCCUGGGAUGACUCCACCAUCGACAAGCUGACCUACACAGUAUACAACUACACCCUGGAGGUCUCCAACGCCUACGCCAGCGCCGGCCUCAGCCCCAGCAUAAUCUCCAUCGGCAACGAGAUCCGCACGGGGCUGCUCUGGCCACUGGGCGGGACAUCAUCGUGGUACAACAUCGCAGCACUACUGCACUCCGCGGCAUGGGGCAUCAAGGACAGCAAGCUCUCCCCCAAGCCCAAGAUCAUGAUCCACCUCGACAACGGCUGGGACGCGGGCACGCAGACGUGGUGGUACAAGACGGUGCUGGGCGAGGGCCCGCUGGUGGCGUCCGACUUCGACAUGAUUGGCGUCUCGUACUACCCCUUCUACAACGCGCAGGCGACGCUCGCGAACCUCAAGAGCUCGCUCACCCAGCUCGCCUCCGCGUACGGCAAGCAGAUCGUCGUCGCCGAGACCAACUGGCCCGCCAGCUGCCCGAACCCCCAGUACGCGUUCCCCGGCGACGCGGCGUCGAUCCCGCGCAGCGAGGCCGGCCAGUCCACCUGGCUCCAGGACGUGGCCAACGUGGUCAAGGGUGUCAAGGGCGGUGUGGGUGUGUAUUACUGGGAGCCUGCCUGGAUCGGCAAUGCGAACCUGGGUUCUAGCUGUGCGGACAACUUGCUGGUCGAUGGGUCUGGGAAGGCCAGGCCAGGAAUUGCAGCUUUGGGGUCCAUGUAG